GAACACAACCCAAGAGUGGUGGGUGUGACAAGGAAUGGCGUAAGCAAAACAAGACUAGUUUCUUAAGUUGAUGCCCCACACGCAACCUCUCUGCCCCUCAAUCCUACCCAUCUCUCCUGCUUUCACCUGCUGCACCUCCACCCCCACUUCCAAUUAUCCGCCUUCUCUCUCUUUCCUUUGUGACAAGUAAUCCUGCGCGUGUCCCUUUUCUUCUCCAAAUUUUACCCCAUAAAUUUAAAUUUCUGAAACCCUAACCCUAAAUUAUAUCAAACCAAAAAAAUCCCCAAAAAAUUUCAAGAUUUCUUAAAAAACCCAUAUAGUAUUACCCAAGAUGGAAGUGAAACUGUGGAAUGAUAAGCGUGAAAGAGAAAUGUAUGAGAAUUUUGCUGAGCUUUACGCCAUUAUUAAGGCCACUGAGAAGCUAGAAAAGGCUUACAUUAGGGAUGUAAUUUCCCCUUCAGACUAUGAAGCUGAAUGUGUUAAAUUGAUUGCCCAUUUCAAAACCCUUUCGUCGUCGUUGAAAGACACUGUCCCUAGCAUUGAGAGCUUUGUUGAUAAGUAUAAAAUGGAUUGCCGGGCUGCGUUGAAUAGGCUGGUGACUUCUGGGGUGCCUGCUACAGUAGAGCAUAGGGCUGCUGCUGCUGCUUCUAACACCACUUCAGCUGCCACUGUGGCCGAAUGCGUUCAGAACUUUAUCACGGCGAUGGACUCGUUGAAAUUGAAUAUGGUGGCGGUUGAUCAGGUUUAUCCCCUGUUAUCAGACCUCUCAACGGCGUUGAACAAGCUUAGUUUAUUGCCGCCUGAUUUUGAGGGAAAGACCAAAAUGAAAGAGUGGCUUGGACGGUUGUCUAAGAUGGGUGCUGCUGAUGAACUGACUGAGCAACAAGCAAGGCAGCUUCACUUUGAUCUUGAGUCUUCGUACAACUCUUUCAUGGCUGCUUUGCCUUCUGCUGGAACUUGAUUCACUUGGGCUUUCUGUUACAAACGAGCCUUGACAUGUUGCAGACUUCAAUUAUGCGAUGUAGUAGACCAUUCAGACAAACCAUCACUUGGAUAUGUAUUCGGUGCAUCCUAACAUUCUUCUUGUUGCGAUGCUUGGUGUUCUCUCUUCGUUGUUAUCUUCUGCUCCUAUAGUCUUUUUUGUUCUUACUGUAAGAAGCACAUUUUUGUUUAUUUUCUUUACUUUGAAUCAUUCAACAAUUUAGGAAUGCCAAUGGUGCACUGAAUAUGUCGUUCUGACAACUUCCAUGGGGUGAAGUUGUGUAA